AUGGUCGAGCCGGAGCUCCAGCGCCAAAGAGCAACGUGGCAGCGCCGCAGGCCUACAGCUGCACAGCUGCAGGGAGGACGAAGUGAUUGGGUCAAGCAGGGGGAAGCUUCUUGUUCAGUUGCUGGAGGUCAUGAGGAUGGCAGAGAUUUAGGGAAGGUCCGCUUGAACGGCCCAUGGGCUGCCAGUGGCAUUCAACGCUUCUUCCUGGUGGCACCACAAUGCCCUGAGGACGCCGUGUGGCCAGCCUUGGCCGAGCAAGUGGUUGCCCUUACCCGAGAGGACGGAGCUGAGCUACUAGCACAGCUACAAGCGUGCUAUGUGACCGGCCUCAGCAUGGGCGGCUUCGGCGCCUGGGCCGCUGCCUCUCUGGCGCCCACGCUUUACACCGCUUUGGUGGCUGUGUGUGGAGGCUUCACUCGACCGCUUCCGAGGGACACGAGUCUCAAUGCGAUGCUGCAACUGGCCAAAGUGGCUCCCAAAGAGGAGGACCUUGAGAAGUUGAGAGAACUUCCCGUUUGGCUCUUCCAUGGCUUGAAGGACAAGAUCGUGGAUCCCGACGGUUCUCUGCUUCUCUAUGAAGCCUUGGGAGGCAAAGCUCGCGGGCGUGCAAAGCUGAAGUUGACCAAGUACGAGGACCUGGGACAUACGGUCUGGACGAGCGCCUACAAGACGUCAGAGCUGUUUCCCUGGCUGCUUCGACAGAGGCGUGGCAAGCCUGGAGGUGCAAAGGCGUCCGCCGACCCCGUGGCAGCGCCACACGGCGCGUCCGAGGAUGGCGCAGCAUCCGCGGGUUCCGCGGAGCUUCCGGCGAAGCUUUUGCAGCUCCUGGAACGAGGACCGGAGGCCCAGGAGAAAGCGAAUUCGAACUCGCAUGCGAAAGAGUCGCUCGGAUGUGGAUUCCAACUCGCUCAGGAUGAAGAGUGGGAUGAGUGGGAUGAAUUGCAGCCCCAAGAUUUGGAUGUCUAUGCUGCAGCAACUGCACCCCAUCGCGCAGAUGAGAGGAGUGAAGCGGAAAAGGAUCUCGAGAAGGAGUGCGACCGCAUCAUGUGGCGGCGGGGAGCUGAUGUAGAGGUGAAGGUCCUUGACUAUUCGGCCAUCGAGUGCGCAAUGACGGGCGAUGGGAAGCGGGAUGUCAAGCAAGGCAUCAUGAAGCUGAAUCCGACGGUGCAUCCCAUCACCAGAAUUACCGACGUGAACACGCUCUAUGACUACCUCGAAGAGGUAUUCAUUCCAGCGAUUUACCAGAACACCACUGAUAUCCAACUUGCAGAGAGUAUCUCUCCGCACUUGAGACCCAUCGACAUCGCCAAUCGGUUGCUAGGGACCGUGCGGUUGCGACAGGUGCGCGUGAACCUCCAGGAGAACUGCCAAGUCCUUCCGCUCUUCGAGCAGUACACCGUGUCCUGCUAUCCCAACUACGCGCCAGGAACCGGCAGCACGACGGCCUUCGGACCCCAGCAGAGGUUUACCUAUUCAGAAGAUGUCUCUGGCAUUGACUACGAGGGUUCCCUGGGAGCGUACACUCCGCAUGGCUUCAUGCAACUCUUACCCUCCAAUGCCACACAAGCCUCGCAGCAGAUCCAACAGCUACGGAUUGAUGGCUUCUUAGACGCCGCCACCCGGGCGUUCUUCGCAGAGUUCAACAUUUGGAACUCCAACGUCGGCUUGUACGCAGUGGUGAACUUUGUCGUCGAGUUCGGAGCGAGUGGUGGCACUGCUCAAGAGAUUGAAAUUACGACCAUGACCGAGCGCGUGCUCACCGUGGGUGGCUUGGGAACUGGUAUGGACUGGUUUGCAUUUGUGCUGCUCAUUUUGGUGAUGGUCUUUGUGGUCCAAUUCAUCAUCGAGGAGGUGCAGGAGCUUUAUCAAAGCUGGCGAACCUACUUCUUUGAUGCUUGGAACCUGUUAGAUUGGGUUUGA